GUGGUACUUGGAAUUUACAAAUGCUGAGGUGGUUGGUUUGGUUGGACUAAGAGAGAGAGUUUGUAUUUGUGUGUGUGGGGAAUAGCCGGUUUUGGGGAAGGAUUCAUUGCACACUGAAUUGUGCAGUAGCAAUGCACCUGUGGCGUGGUUUUGUCUCUGGACGACACCUAUAUUUCUUUCUUCCUUUCUCUCUUUUCCAAUAUAAGACUCUAACUUUCACCCAAAAAAAUAAAAAUAAAAUAUAAGACUCUAACACAUAGUAUAAACAUACAUUCCCCCCCAACCCCUUCAUCCAUUUCAAAGCUUCUCUCUUUUUUUGCCCUGCUCCGUGGGGUUUACACUCUCAAAUGCUCUUCACCCUUUUCUCUCUAAUCUCCUUUUUUCCUCUUCUCUCAUUUCCUAAGGGGUUUCACCUUCUUCCACCAAGAUUCUCUUCCUUCUCCACCCUCCAUCAGUGCUCAUGCCUGCCCUUGUCAAUUAUACUGGUGAUGAUGAACUGUAUCCUGCGGGUUCUUUUUGCCCCAAUCCAAUGGAGUUGGGUCGCAUAUACGCUAUUGGCUCCAAUUUGGAUGUGUACUACCCUCCUCCUACCAAGCGACCACGCACGAUCUUUGAAGCUAUGGAGGCUCAGCAAUAUCAAGACCCUGCUAUUCAGGUUCUUCCAGAUGAAUUACUCUUUGAAAUAUUCAGACGCCUCCCUGGUGGCAAAGAGAGAAGCUCAUGUGCCUGUGUAUCUAAACGGUGGCUUAUGCUUAUGAGCACUAUCUGCAAAGAUGAAAUUGAGAGCACUACUUCCUCUGUUGCUGAAACUGAAACGGUUUCUUCAGAUGAGACUCAAGAUAUCAUUGAAGAUGAUGGCUACCUUACAAGGUGUCUGGAUGGGAGGAAAGCCACUGAUGUGAGGCUUGCUGCAAUUGCAGUUGGAACUAGUAGCCGUGGGGGACUAGGGAAGCUUUGUAUCAGAGGAAGCAAUCCUGUGCGUGGUGUCACAAACUGUGGCCUCUCUGCAGUUGCACAUGGUUGCCCUUCUCUCAGAUCACUUUCUUUGUGGAAUGUAUCUUCCAUUGGGGAUGAGGGUCUGGCUGAGAUAGCAAAAGGGUGUCAUAUGUUGGAGAAGCUUGACCUAUGUCAGUGCUCCUCAAUCAGCAACAAGGGUUUGAUUGCAAUAGCUGAAGGCUGCCCCAACUUGACCACCUUGAAUAUUGAAUCAUGCCCAAAUAUUGGAAAUGAGGGCUUGCAAGCUAUUGCAAGGUUUUGCUCCAAACUGCAGUCAAUCUCUAUCAAGGAUUGCCCUCUUGUUGGGGAUCAUGGAGUGUCUAGUGUGGUGGCUCUGGCUUCAAACUUGUCAAGGGUUAAGCUUCAGACCCUGAACAUUACAGAUUUCUCUCUAGCUGUUAUUUGCCAUUAUGGGAAGGCAAUAACAAAUCUGGUCCUCUCUGGUCUAAAAAAUGUCAGUGAAAGGGGGUUCCGGGUCAUGGGGGUUGCUCAAGGUCUGCAGAAACUGGUUUCACUUAUUGUUUCUUCCUGCAGAGGAGUAACUGAUACAAGCAUGGAAGCCAUAGGUAAAGGUUGCAUCAACCUGAAGCAGAUGUGCCUUCGCAGGUGUUGUUUUGUAUCUGACAGUGGAUUGGUAGCAUUUGCCAAAGCUGUAGUAUGUCUUGAGAGCUUGCAGUUGGAGGAGUGCAACAGGUUCACCCAGUCUGGGAUUAUUUAUGCUCUUUCAAACAUCAAAACCAAGUUGAAAUGUCUCACUCUGGUGAAGUGCGCAGGAGUUAAAGAUAUCGAUAGGGAAGUAUCUAUGCUUUCUCCUUGCGAGUCUCUUCGAACUUUAUCCAUUCAGAAGUGCCCUGGUUUCAGUAGUGCUAGCCUGGCCAUGAUUGGAAAAUUGUGUCCCCAACUUAAGAAUCUUAAUCUGGCUGGACUCUAUGGCAUAACCGAUGCUGGCCUUCUCCCUCUUUUGGAGAAUUGCGAGGCUGGACUUGUCAAUGUAAACCUUACUGGUUGUUGGAACUUGACAGAUAACAUAGUUUCAGCCUUGGCCAAGCUACAUGGUGGAACACUUGAAGUGCUAAAUCUUGAUGGAUGCUGGAAAAUAACUGAUGCAAGCUUGGUUGCAGUUGCUAACAACUGCCUAGUGCUUUAUGAUCUAGAUGUGUCAAAGUGUGCAAUCACUGAUGCUGGUGUCGCCGCCCUCUCUAGGGCCAAUCUGCCUAGUUUGCAAGUGCUUUCCUUGUCUGGUUGUUCUGAUGUAUCAAACAAGAGUGUGCCUUUCCUUACAACAUUGGGCCAGACCUUGCUUGGGUUGAAUCUUCAAAACUGCAAUUCAAUUGGCAGCAGUACAAUGGAGUUGCUAGUGGAAAAGUUGUGGAGAUGUGAUGUUCUGGCUUAAUCAUGAUAGAAAAUUAGAACCAAAUAAAACUGGCUAAACCAGGAAAGGAGACAGAACUGUACAGGUCACACAUUCAGCAUACAUUUUGGUUGAUGUCUAUCAAGGGUGGAUUGGUGGCAGUUUGGUGACUUGGUUGUUUUCCAGGGAACUUUGGCUUGUUUCUUCAUGACCCAUUUCUUUUUUCACAAGCAUGAAAUGCUUGUUCCAACUUGCGACCCCUUUUGCCUUGCCACAUCUUUCAUGGCUAGGGUCCCCUGAGAAUACAGUUACCAAGUCUUGGUUGAUGGUAUUCACUGCUAGAUAGUGCAUGUUUAUGCUAGGGCUUAUUUUGUACUGCUGGAAGUUGACAAUAAAUAACAUGUUUUAGCCUCUGUCUCAUUUUCCAUGAUGUUGCUUAGGCUUGAGCUGUCUUUUAAGCCUUCUGUCAUUUUAUGUCAAUCAAGGAUCUCAACCAUGCCUUAGAUGUGGAAGAGUCUUUAGCUUGUUUUCCCUGUGUUUUAUCAGUGUGGUUGUGUUGUGCUAUUCUAAGGCCAAGUACCUCAUAUUCAAGAGCUUUGGUGGUGGCAGGGUGUUCAUUUGGUCUGCCACAACAACCCCAUCUUUUGGGUUGUUUUUUUUCUUCCCUUUUAGUUCAAGUUCUUGUUUUGUAGGUUCCUCUUGCUUCAGAAUUGUACUUUGCAGACCACCUUUGCUUAUCAGUAUUAAAAAUGCAAUUUUCAGUUGCGCCAGUUUUGUUGUUA